CACCAAGGGAUAAUUCAUUACACAAAUCUUGAACCUUUCUGAAAAUCUCAUGGCUUCUUUAAGUCCUAUCCAUUUCUUUCUAGUUUUCACUAUCCUCCUUUCCUUCACUGUCCAAAUCCAAUCUCAAGUUCCGAAAGAAAAAACUUUUAAGUACAUAAACGAAGGGUCAUUUGAAGGUUAUAUAGUUGAUUACGAUGGAGAUUAUCGUAUCGUAUCUGGUUCCGGUUCAACUCGACUUUCUGUCCGCCCCUUCACUCUAUGUUUCUACAAUACUACUCCUAAUGCACAUGUUUUAGCAAUCAAAGGUGGUUUUGCUAACGAUGAAGAUCUAAUGCGUUGGGUAUGGGAUGCUAAUCGUAACGACCCUGUUCGAGAAAAUUCUACUCUAACUUUCGGCCGGAAUGGUAAUUUAGUCUUAGCGGAUGUCGAUGGUCGUAUAGUUUGGCAAACCAACACGGCCAACAAAGGUGUUGUGGAUGUUUCCCUGCUGCCCAAUGGGAAUUUAGUGCUUCUUGAUAAGAAUGGGAGGUUUGUGUGGCAGAGUUUUGAUUAUCCGGUUGAUACCCUUUUAGUAGGUAUGUCUCUUAAGCUCAACGGUGGAAGAAAACAGCUGGUGAGUCGUACGUCGGAUAAAAACGGCCGAGAUGGUCCAUACAGUGUUGUGAUUGACAAAAAAGGGUUCACGAUGUAUCUAAAAACUUCAUCAGGCAAGUCUCUACAAUAUGGAGGUUGGCAAGGUGAUGGUCUUUUGAAUGUAUCAUUUGAUGCAGUCCCUGAAGAGCAAAGUAUUUUCGCUUAUGAAUUAACACUGGCUUUCGGUGAACAACAACAACCAAACACCCCAACCAGACACUUACUCCAAUCAAGACCGGUAGGUAAUUCGAGAGGGAUUAUUCUUAAGAAACUCAACUAUAAUGCAACCAUUUCGUUCUUUCGGUUAGAAUCAGAUGGAAACAUAAGAGCUUAUACUUACUUCAGAAACACAUCUUACUUGAAAUGGGAUCGAACUUACGAAUUCUUCGGAGACGAUGUCAGAGAAUGUGGGCUACCAUCAAAAUGUGGUUCAUUUGGGUUCUGCGACAAGAGGAUGUGUAUUGCUUGCCCGAGUCCCAAGGGUUUGUUAGGAUGGAGCGAGAGCUGCAAACCUCCUCCAGCACCCUCCUGUAAGAGUGGCGCUGCCGCUGCGAAAUAUUACAAGAUUGCCGGUGUGCAGCAUUUUACGAGUCCAUAUAAUGAAGGAGAAGGACCAAUAAAGGUGACUGAUUGCAGGGAUAAGUGUAGCAAGGAUUGCAAAUGUGCUGGUUUCUUUUACAGGGAGGAAUCGUCCAAGUGUUUCACUGUGCCUGUACUUGGGACUCUUAUCAAGGAUGUCAAUACUUCUCAUGUUGGGUACAUCAGGUAUUGAACUAGUAGAAGAGUCCGAAUAAAUGGAAUAAUAAUGUAAUCUUCUUAUCGUAUAGAAUUAUAAUAAAAAUAAUGAAGUUUAAAUUUAGAGAUAUGAUGAUGUACCAACCAUGCAGUCAAAUUAUGAUAUCGAGUUCGGAAUUUCAA